AUGGGUUUAGUUUCUGUGUUAUUACAGAUAGUUUAUUUACAUUCUAAUCUAAUUGUAUGCAUAUUUAUGAGGACAUAAAUCAAGGUACAAAUUCACCAAAAUAAAAUUAAAUAUCAGCAUUAAAUCAGAUAAAAAUUGCUCUGA